AUGGGAUCAAGGAUCGAAAAAAUUUUUGCUGCUCUCAAGAAACCUAACGGGAUUCUGGAUGGAAAUAGCCUUGUUAAAUCAAGUAUUGCUAAUGUGUCUGAUGAUUUGAUUGCGAAUUCUGAUGGCUUGCUGCCUCAUAAUACUCCCGACAUCUCAAGGUCAGAAUCUAGUCCCGUUGAAGAAACUGUUCCUAAUGUGUCUGGUUUAGAUAUGGACUAUAAUAACUUGCAGCAACAUGAUACUCCCAAUUAUUCGAGGUUGGAAGCUACCCUUGUUGAGACAACUGUUGUUAAUAUUAUUCGUGAUCCAGUUAUGAAUUUGGAUAACUUUCUACUGCAUGAAACUCCUAAUAUUAUGGAGUUGGGCCUCACUGAAGUGAUGGAUGUUGCUAAAGUGUCUGAUUCAGUUAUAGAUUCAAACGGCUUGUUGUUACAUAUUACCCCUAAUAGUCUUGAUGGGGCAACUAGUACUGAUGCUGAUGUCUUACUGUUACAUUGUUCUCCCAAUAGUUCGAGGUUGAAUAUAAUCGAUAAUAGCAUGCCAGUUAGAGCAGCUGAUGAAACCGAUGAUUACAUUCUUCAUGAACUUCAGACCUAUAAACCAACUUUGGAUCGCAACAGUCCACUAGAUCUCGAAGCAUCCACAUUCGCAACUCCUCAAGAAUACAGUGAGAUAACAAUAUUUCCACGUACUCAAGUAGUCGAAGACAAUACUAACACAGAAGAAGAAUUACCUUUUAUUGAAGAUCAGGAAACUUUCGAAAAUGCAGGAGAAACUGAUAUCAGUGAAAAUAAUUUCAAUGGUGAAGAAAAUUGUGAUGGGGUUGAUAAUGAUUAUGUUCCUAGUGAUGAGUCAGAUAUUGACAGUUCAUCGAGUGAAAUAGAGGAUCCUGACGACUUAAAUGAUAUUAAAAGCAGUAGAAAGAGAAAAAUGAAAACAACAGCUCAUAAUAGGAAACAAGUUGAAGUAAUCGACGAAUCAAAUCGAACAAAAGAACACGAAAUUCAACCAGGGACAAGUUUUCAGGUUACACCUACGCCAUCGAUGCAAAACGGCGAUGAAACAGUUGGGGAAGAAGGAGUGCGUAGAGAAAAAAGAAAAAAUAAUAGAAAGGAAAUGAAAAAACGGAGGAAUGCAGGAGAAGAAUAUAGUACAGUGAAAGGAAAGAAAAAAGAAUCACGAAAAGUUCGAGAGAAUUCUUGCAAAACUUCUAAGAGGUGUUUCAAUGAGUGUAAACAUUUCACAGAAGAUGAGAGAUUAGGUAUUUUUAAAACAUAUUGGAAUUUAGAUCAUCAAAGAAAGAGGGACUGGUUACUGAAAUCUAUGGUUCGGGUUCCUGUCAAACGAAACAAAAACCUGAGCCAGAGAAAUUGCACCUAUAACUACUUCAUUUCCAAAGGAGGAGAAAAUAAAAGAGUUUGUAAGAAUUUUCUUCUGAAUACUCUUGAUAUCACUGUAAAGUUGUUUCAGUAUACCAGAGACAAUUCAUUGAAAGAGAACUUGGAGUUAUCGAAAACUGAUAAUCGUGGAAAACAUACGCCACCGAAUAAAACUCCUCCAGAUAUCACGGAAAAUUGUAGAGCCUUCAUAAAAAAUCUUCCAGCGAUCCCAAGUCACUAUUGUAGGAAAGAUAAUGAUAGGAAAUAUUUACCGGUGGAAUUCCAGAAUGUAUCCAAUUUAUUCAGGAUUUACAGGCACCAUUUCAACUCUUUGAAUGAACCCCAUGUUAACGAAAAAUUAUUCAAAAAAAUAUUCAAAGACGAUUUCAAUAUUGGGUUUCAUCAACCAAAAAAAGAUAAAUGCAACACUUGUGAGCAGUAUAAAAAUAUACCUGAUGAGGACAAAAGUGAGACUUUACAAGAAAAUUACGCUUCGCAUCAACAAGAAGCUAGAGCUUCCAAAAAUAUCUUCAUUGAAAAGCAGAAAAGAAUUGAAAAUAACCCUCGUUCAUUAUGCGUUAGUUUUGACUUACAGAAAGUUCUGAAUACGCCACAUGGAAACUCAAUGUUAUUAUUUUACAGCAGAAAGUAUGCCUAUUAUAAUUUUUCAGUUUAUGAAAGUGGUCGACGAAAUGGCUACUGUUAUCUCUGGGGAGAAAGUGAUGGGAAUAGAGGAUCCAAUGACAUUUGUACCGCUCUGAAUAUGUACAUAAAAAAAAUUGAUGACGAAAAUUCGACAGAGGAGUUGUUUCUAUUUUGCGACAGCUGUUCCGGGCAGAACAAAAAUUCUCUCAUUCUCUCUAUGAUUAAAUAUACAUUAGAUAAAUGUAAGCACCUCAAUUCUAUAGAAGUCAAUUAUUUGAUUCCAGGCCACACUUAUAUGCCUGUAGACUCUGUUCAUGCUACAAUAGAGAGGAGUCUAAAAGGUAGAAUAAUUUAUGCCCCAUCUGAAUGGCCAACUGUUAUUAAAUUUUCCAGAAAAGAUGAAAAACUCAAACCUUUCGAAGCAAUUGCACUACAACAUUCGGAUUUCAUGGAUUGGAAGCCAGUACAAAAAAAAUAUUUCCUUAUAAUACGAGCAAAGGAAAAUAUGUAGAUGGCGAAAGAUUUAUGAUCACCAAAGCAAAAACUUUUUCAUUCACCAAAAAUAUCGAUAUAGUGGAAGUUCAAUGUUCAUUCCUUCCCAACAGUAUCACAAAAAGUUUGAGUUUCAAGGUUUGCUCUAUGUCUGAUGAACAGACGGCCAGGGUAUCGACCCGUGGAAAGAAAAUGAAAGUAAAUGAAUCUGCGAGAAAUAAAACUCCUGUGGAAAAUGGUGAGCCUAUUCCAAAUUUAUAUCCGAAUAGACUACCAAUAUCUAGUAGGAAAUAUCAAGACUUGAAUAAACUCUGU